CUUUGUUUUGAUUUUGAAAAUGUUGUAAUUAUAAAUAUAUACUGUAAAUACGUAAGUUAUUUUGGAAAUAAAUUCGAGUUAUUCAAUCGUUUGUAUUAAAUUUGUCAUAAUGCCUUUGUAUGUUGGUAAACGAGUCGUUGGGACCGAGAUCAGAUCGUCGGCAGGAUUGUUACAAAAUUUUCCUGAAUUAGAGGUACAUCAUGUAUGGAACAUAAAAUAAUUUGAGGCCCUGACGGCGGGUCAGAAUGACCCCACAUGUCGAAAGUAAUCCGUAUCCUUUUCCUCUAAUCAAAGAUAUACACUUAAAAAGUAAACUAAUAAUCCUAAAUCCCAAAAUAAAUAUCAACCCAUUAUAAACAAGACCUUGACUUGUCAUUAAUCCUUUAUCAAGCCCUCACAGGUUUAUUGGGAGAAUUGGUAGAUUGUUUGGUUAACACAUUGAGUGGCAGCACUCUCCCCUUGAUGAGUAAAAUCAUCUGCCAUUAGACAGGUGAGAGCACAAAGUAAAAUAAUAAAGUAGGACACAUCAGGAGUCAGAUCUGUGGCUAGAUGCCUAGAUGUGAUAAUUUGGGGGAGGGGGCGAGGUAUAUUCGUAUAUUCAUGUUCACAUACUGUAAAAACAAUCGCUUUCAAAAGAAAUCCGUUGGGCAGAACACAAAUACAUGAAUAUACACACCCCUCCCCCCCCAAUUAUCAGUCUUAGUCAGCUACGGCUCUGUCAGGAGCACAUUGUCACUUGAAGGGUAAUCAACAGGAUACAUAUUGGCAGAUAUAUUAUGUUAUUUUGAUGUGGAUUUCUAUUUAGCUUCUCCCAGCCCUUUUGCUCAGUCAAAUUACUGCUUUUGUGCACGCCCAGUUCACCGUGGAGUAACUCGGUACAAAGAUGCAUGGGAAGGGCUGUCAGAGCUUCUGGAGGCUUUGCAUCCCGUACCCCUAGCCCAAAGUUACUUUAGAGAUUUAUCACUUAUUAUUUUCAGAAAAGAUCUAGGGAAUUUGCAUUCCAAGCACAGAGAACAUUCCAAGAGAAAAAUAUUCUCUAUAUUGGACAGCAUGAAUAUGGAACAGUUUAUCCAAAUGACAGUGAGUACUGCAAGACCCAGCCUCUUGCCCAGGCCUUUGUGUAGAGUUGCACUGAGAACACACUAAUUGGCAUGGCUCCCUGAUGUUGAUGUUUCGAUUGACAUCUCGAUCAUCAUCUUCUUACCAGGAUGUGUGAAAACAUGGCUUGUUCCCAGCUUGCUGACAUAUUCUCAAUGUCAUUGUUGACAAUUUGUCAGUGGGGCCUAAAUUACUUUGAAAUUGUACUGGUCGGAGUACAAGUACAAGUACAAGUAAUUAACAAUGAAAAGACUUAAGAGUCUUAAAAAAUGCUUGAAGUAAAAAGUAAAAGUACUAUUGUCUAUAGCAUGUUGGGGGGGGGGACGUAUCCAAUGGAUUGACAUACGAAAGACACAAAACAGCACAGUUGCAUCACUCAGCACCUAAGGUACAAUAAUUCACGGCAUGGUCUACUUUCCAGACCCUGUUGAAGAUAUAAGAAAUCCAUUAAAUAAAUAAUGCUUAUAAGUAAGCCACAAACUAGGGAUCCCAGACGCAUGUAGAGAGAUCCUAUUACCUAUCCCAAAAUUAAAAUAAAUCCGGAAUAAAUCACGUAAAAUUAAACAAAAUGUGAGAAAGUAACGAAAUACUUCCCCACAAGAUGAAAAUAACGAAGUAUAACGUUACUUCUUAAAACGACUUCGUUCCAAGUAAAAGUACUCCAGAAAAAAGUUUACUUAAUUGUUACAUUCUGACUUCUCAAAAGUAGUACUCAAGUACGGUAACGAAGUACUUCGUUACUUGACACCACUGCAAUUUGUUACAAUGUUGUUGUCAGACUUGUUACAAAUUAUGUUGUUCCAACAACUUGUUAACAAGUUGUGAGUAGCCUGCGUCGCAGACGGUGGGUGAAACUUUGGACCAUUCCAAAGUUUCACCCACCGUCUGCGACGCAGGCUAGUUGUGAGUGACAAUUAAACUUGAUAAAAUGACAAUGUUGUUACAAUUGCAGGCUUUCUGGCAUCCUUGUGUAGAAAAAGUUGGAUGAAAGUAGGACUAGAAUUUUAGGAAAAGUAGGAAUAAAGUAGGAAAAUGUGAAGAAAAGUAGGACAAUAGUAGGAGUUUUUGGAGAUGCAAAUAACACAAAAUCUAUGACUAUGAGGUAUUUUUUUCUCAAAACGUUUAAAUUGAAUCGGUUUAAAAGUUCCUUAAGGCAUCAGCAACACAAUUCAAAUGCAUUGUGCGUGUGAGUGCAUGUAUUUGGCUGCACCAUACACCAAUCGACACUGUGCGGCAGGAGCAUGCAUAUGAUGCUUGAUUAACUGGGGGAUGUUGAAUAUUUUGAAUCUUUAGAUCGUCGGAAAUGGCACUUUAAGAGUCUUCAUUAAUUUAUUGAUUAUGAUUCCAGAGAUGCUACGGAUUUUUAUACUCAGAAAAUAUACUUCUUCUCUUCCUGAGAUCUUAUCAUCUGGGACACAAAUAGGGAAUAAAAAUUACGAGUCCUAUAGAUCUAAUUACGAGAUCAAUAACAUACUGAUUCCCCAAGCUGUCUUAACAAAGUAGGAUUUUAUGAGAAAAAGUAGGAAAAUCAAGCAAUUUUUAAUAAAAAAUAGGAAAAGUAGGAAAAUUGAAAAAAAGUAGGAAAAAGUAGGAUGGCAAGAAAGCCUGCAAUUGUUGACAAGCUUGCUGCAAGCCUCACUAAUAGCGAACACAUCUUAAUUGUUGACAAGAUUAUAUUUCUCUGCAGAUUUUGUGGACGUGGUUGGCUCAGACAGUGCCACAACAUGCCAAAUAGUUGUAUUACGACAUAAAGGUGAAAAUAAAGUCCGGUAGUACCAGGGACGCCGGAACGAUAUUAGGGCAAAGGGGGGCCGACAAACACCAAGGGCACCUUUACUGAAUUUACAAAAAAUUUCGGUCAGUGUACCAUUUUAGGGGUCAAAAAUUUUUUCCGGACAUACAAAAAUUUUCCGUGAUUCCAAAAAUUUUUCCGGAUAUCUUAAAUUUUUGCCAUUUCUUCAAAAUAUUUUCCUAAAUUCCAAAAAUUUCCCAAAAUUUUUAUAAAUAUAAACUAUAAAUUACAGGAAUCUCGUUAUUUUCCUACAAAAAGCAUCGUUGGAAAUGUGAUUUAUCACGUAUUAUUUUACAACUAAAAGGGCACUUCUGCCCCUAGCAAAAGGCAAGGGGGCAGCCGCCCCCCCUGCCCCCCAGUUCCGGCGUCCCUGGGUAGUACGAACUGUAAGGCGCUGUUUAUAUGUAUAAAUAUCAAGAUUUUGGGCGAUUCGAUCCUGCCGGAAGGUCUGGUUGAAUUUUUCGCAGGCUAGCAGUUAACCCAUUAUAGCGCAAGACUGACACGAAAAUCAUCUGGUGUUAGACAGAGUAAAUAAUCUGGCAAUAGACAGAGUAAAAUAAUAAAGUAUAGGGCGCAUUGCAGCUUAAUGGUUGAUAACGUUGUAUCCUGUUCCACAGUACUUCAACAUUUUUUUAGGUACAGGCGCAUGUAGCCUGGCACAUUUUGAUGGAUCAGGGAUUCCCAAAGCGUUGGCAGCAAUGGUUGAAACCCUUAAAGAGCAUGCGCAAAAUCACGGGGAACACAGGUAUAAAAUAUAUAUAGCCAUGCUUUGUGCCUGCAAAGUACGCCCGUUUUGUGCAUACCUUAUAGCCACGGUUUGUGGCAAUAAAGUACGCAUGUUUUCAGUAUGCAUACCUUAUAGCCACUAUAAAGUACACAUGUUUUCAGUAUGCAUACCUUAUAGCCACUAUAAAGUACGCAUGUUUUCAGUAUGCAUACCUUAUAGCCACUAUAAAGUACGCAUGUUUUUAGUAUGCAUACCUUAUGGCCACUAUAAAGUACACAUGUUUUCAGUAUGCAUACCUUAUAGCCACUAUAAAGUACGCAUGUUUUCAGUAUGCAUACCUUAUGGCCACUAUAAAGUACGCAUGUUUUCAGUAUGCAUACCUUAUAGCCAGUAUAAAGUACGCAUGUUUUCAGUAUGCAUACCUUAUAGCAACUAUAAAGUACGCAUGUUUUCAGUAUGCAUACCUUAUAGCCAGUAUAAAGUACGCAUGUUUUCAGUAUGCAUACCUUAUAGCAACUAUAAAGUACGCAUGUUUUCAGUAUGCAUACCUUAUAGCCAGUAUAAAGUACGCAUGUUUUCAGUAUGCAUACCUUAUAGCCACUAUAAAGUACGCAUGUUUUCAGUAUGCAUACCUUAUGGCCACUAUAAAGUACGCAUGUUUUCAGUAUGCAUACCUUAUAGCCACUAUAAAGUACACAUGUUUUCAGUAUGCAUACCUUAUAGCCACAUACCUUAUAGCCACUAUAAAGUACGCAUGUUUUCAGUAUGCAUACCUUAUAGCCACUAUAAAGUACACAUGUUUUCAGUAUGCAUACCUUAUGGCCACGGUUUGUGGCUACAAAGGACGCCUGUUUUUGGCAUACCUCGCCGUUCUCUGAAAUCUACCUAUGCAGGACGUUUUAUACAGUGGUGUCUAAAUUACUUUGAAUUUGUACUCGAGUAAAAGUAGAAGUAAUUAACAAUAAAACGACUUGAGUAAGAGUAAAACGUACUGGAAGUAAAACGUACUUAAGUAAAAAGUACAAAGUAUCCUUAAAAAAUACUUGAAGUACAAAGUAAAAGUACUAUUGUCUGUAGCGUGUAGAGGGGGAUGAUUGACAUACAAAAGACACAAAACAGCACAUCCAAUGGAUUCAGUAUAUCCAAUGGAUUGACAUACAAAAGACACAAAACAGCACACACAUUAUAUGCGUGCACCGAAUAUACAAUAUUUCACGGCAUGGUUUACUUUCCAGUUGAAGAUAUAAGAAAUCCAUUAAAUAAAUAAUGCUUAUAAGUAAGUCACAAACGAGAGAUCCCAGACGCAUGUAAAGGUCGUAUUACCAAUCCCAAAAGUAAAAUUAAACAAAAGUUAGAAAGUAACGAAAUACUUCGCCACAAAAUGAAAAUAACGAAGUAAAACGUUACUUGUUAAAACGACUUCGUUCCAAGUAAAAGUACUCCAGAAAAAGUUUACUUUGUUACAUGCUCACUUCUCAAAAAUUGUACUUAAGUAUAGUAACAAAGUACAAUUACUUCGUUACUUGACACCACUGGUUUUAUAUUUCACUUACACACAGGAAGUUUUUAUUUUUGGAUUUUGCUGCCAGGAAGAGAAAUAAAACUGUGUCUGCCAGGGGGGAUACGCAGCUUUUCCCGUUGUCCAAACAGAACGGGGGGAACAGGUUGCCCUUUUUUAAAAGAUACAGCUCAGUGACCUACACCUAUUCACGUGAAUUGAAAUUGAGAACUGUUUUGAAGCAAUUUUGCUUAAAUUAAAUUUGAAUCUGAAAUUCCUCUCAGUAAUGUUACCAAUGUUUUCCACUUCUGUGAAAAAUGUAACGAGGGCCUGAAAUUUAUGCGAUAUUAUUUCUGUACAGAAUCGAGAUGUACAUUGUCGGUGGUUUCUUGGACAGUCGUAACAUUUCAGAGGAUGUAUUCAUGCAAAUUUUACGUAAGUAUAUUCGUUAUAUUAGAGACCUUAAAAGCCUGGUUCAUACUAGCGCAGUUGAAAAUACUGUCGGCGAUUUUGUGUUUCUGACGGAUGCAAAUGAGUGAACUCGCGCACAAAAGUAUAGAGUCGCUUUUCAGAAGUAAACAAUUCGAAGUCUUUUGCAUGUCAUUCAUUCGAUCACAUUUGCCAGGAUGAGGCGAAAGACCGUCUGCCGGGUUUGGCUCAUUGGUUUGGUUUUGUAUUUGAAUUACCCAUCUCAAACUCAUUAAUAAUUCAUGAUAAAUUAGCCAACCAUGUUGCUUUAUUUUGCUAACAUGAUAAUACUGGAUACCUGGUGAAGUAUAUUGAUCUAGUCCUAGGACCAAAAUUAAUUCUGUCCUUAGACUGGAUCAAAAUAAUUUCACCUCACUUUAAGUAGUCAUUUAUUCGCAUGAGAUGUCAUUUCAAAUCAUCCAACUCGGACUGGACUAGAUUUCAAGUCCUCCCAUUUUUGAUCCAGUGCUCGGCUUCGCCUCGGGCGUGAUCAAAUUGCGCGGACUUGAAAUCUAGUCCAGUCCUCAUAGUCGAUUUGAAAUAUUAUGUCCAUCAGUGGACUGGAAUUGAUGAUUGGCUGCACUAUUUUUGCCGCUGUCAAUCAGCUUACGUUGUCGUAAGUGAGUUGUGUGCUCGAUUUACACAGUACAACUCAGGUUGUAAGCAAAUUACAUGAGCCAGUUCUAGGCUAAAGUUGUGUAGUCUAAAUAGGCCUUGACGAAGUUACUCACAGCACUGCAUUCCGGAGAUUUAUUGUCAAUACUGUUUUGUCUAUUGUAUUUUUAGGCGGAGCUUACAAACUGGCAGUGGACAUUGACCUAUUGUGUGCUUGUGUUUGUCGUAAGUGCUGUGAUAUUUUGAAACAAUAAAUUAAAAAACCCAAUAUAAAUAAUUACUUUUCUAUUUACCUAGAAUUAAAUGAUACGAUGCUCAAUGGAAAACAUGUACCGAGUAUAUAUGGGAUAGGUAAGGAACAAUUAAGAUUGCUGUGGAUUGGGAGAGACACAGCUACCACCUACAAUGCACACGAGAUUAUAUCACAGAAGGAACAAUUAAACCUAUCCAUUACGGACAUCUCUCUAAUACGGGCACCUGUGAUACAGACACCCCUCUAAUACGAGCACCUCUCCAAUACGGACACCUCUCCAAUACGGACAGCCCUCCAGUACGGGCACCUCUCUAAGACAGACACCUCUCCGUUACGGGCACCCCUCCAAUACGGCACCUUUCUAGUACGGACACAUUUCUAAUACGGACACCUCUCUAAUACGGACGCCUUUCUAACGCCGCACUUCUCUAUUACGGACACCUCUCUGAUACAGACACCUCUCUAAUAUGGACACCUCUCUUACACAGGCACCUCUCUAAUAUGUACACCUCUCUAAUACGCAUAUCUCUCUACUACGCAUAUCUCUCCAAUACAGACAUCUCUCUAAUUUGGAAACCUCUCUUACACAGGCACCUCUCUAAUACGCACAUCUCUCUAAUACAGACCUCACUAAUAUUGACAUCUCUCUAAUUUGGACACCUCUCUAAUACGCAUAUCUCUCUAAUACAGAUUCUCUAAUAUUGUCAUCUCUCUAAUUUGGACACCUCUCUAAUACGCAUAUCUCUCUAAUACAGAUUCUCUAAUAUUGUCAUCUCUUUAAUUUGGACACCUCUCUAAUACGCACAUCUCUCUAAUACGCAUCUCUCUCUAAUACAGACCUCUCUAAUAUUGACUUCUCUCUAAUUUGGAAACCGCUCUUACACAAGCACCUCUCUAAUACGCAUAUCUCUCUAAUACAGAUCUCUCUAAUACAGACCUCUCUAAUACUGACAUCUCUCUAAUUUGGACACCUCUCUAAUAUGCAUCUCUCUCUAAUACAGACCUCUCUAAUACUGACCUCUCUAAUAUUGACAUCUCUCUAAUAUUGACAUCUCUCUAAUUUGGAAACCUCUCUAAUACGCAUGUCUCUCUAAUAUUGACAUCUCUCUAAUUUGGAAGCCUCUCUAAUACGCAUAUCUCUCCAAUACGCACAUCUCUCUAAUACGCGUAUCUCUCUAAUACAGACCUCUCUGAUAUUGACAUCUCUCUAAUACAGACACCUCUCUAAUACGCAUAUCUCUCUAAUACAGACCUCUAUAAUACGGACCCUCUCUAAUACGCAUCUCUCUCUAAUACAGACCUCUCUAAUACGCAAUAUCUCUCUAAUACAGAAACCUCGUUAAUAAGUACGUCUCUAAUAAUUUCUUCAAAUGUCAAAGUACAGUGAGAAAUUUCAACACUUUGUUUGGUCAUUGUAGACGUUCUUCUGAAAAGUCGUGUAUGAACACGUAGUUAAGGUUUACUAUUGUUCAUGCAAACGUUAACCAACCAACAAACCAACCACAAUUUAAAGUUACACCCGUUUUCUUUAUGAUGCGCCCUACUCGAAAAUAACCUUUGUUUCAAAAGUCAGUUUUAUGUCACGCAAAAUGUUAUCGCAACAAUUUUACAACUUGUUGAAAAGCUUGCUACAAGCCUGUUGCGAACACAUCUUGUUGACAGGUGUGAGAUUUUUUACGUGUGUAUGUAUACGAGUUUUAUACAAUUGAGCCCUGUUUUUUUAACUAUGACAUGUAUUUCUAGGUGUUGUAGUGUCAAGUGGCGAAGUAGUACCCGUACACCAGUUUAAUUGUCAAAUACCAGAUGAAAUAUUACGUCACGUUGCAUUGUAUAGCGAACAAAAGGUAAUCCAUUCGAUUAAGUAUAGCCUAUGCCUAACCGCGGCCAUGUUAAGGUGAAAAUGUAGUUAGGUGUUAUUGGCAUGGGUGCUUUUUAAUUUUCUGUUUUACACUUAUCCAAACCGGCAAAACAACGAUUUAAAUUAUUAAAAAUAUCAACAUCAAAGCAAUUAUUUAAUACUAACUUUGUUUCACGGUUGAACAGCCACUAAUUCAAGAAACUGCAGGCUUAUUUCCAGUUCAAAUCGAAGAAAAAAAGUUUUGUAAUUUGUAUACUUUUUAACGAAAUUUAAAACAAAAAAAUACUGUAAAACAGCAAAAUAUGUCCUUUCAAAAUGAAAAACAAUUACUUAGAGACAGAGCUUGUACUCGCGCAUGCAACGUCGAAAACCGUUUGCACUUCGCUAUGUUUUCGCAUACCCGGGUAUAAUUAGCCGUGCGAAAUUAGUACCCUCGCACGGCGCUUCGCGAGAGAUGGAUACAAGCGUUUCCACGAGCAGCCCCAUUGCGAAAAGCUUGCUCCCAAAUCUUACUAUAAUCUUGUUUCCUUUGACGUUAGGAAGUUGUACAACUAUAAUCUUGUUUCCUUUGACGUUAGGAAGUUGUACAAGUGUAUAGUUCCCGGACUCAAGAAGUAACAGUCAAACCAUUUCAUGUUUAUUACCCAUCUGAGAGAGCAAGGGGAAUUGCAAGCCUCUCUGAUGAGAACAUACUUCAGGUGAUCAAUAUACACUGUCUUGUACAGUACAGUACAGUACAGUGCAUUCAAAAACUCAUUAAUAAUUCAUGAAGCAAUUAUCCAAUCUUGAGUAAGAAAUUAGUCACGUGCAUACGUCUGUAUACCAGCUAAAGAACACUUUAACAAAAG